AUGGGAGACACAGAAGAGCACCAACCAUCAUUUCUUUGUGAUAUUUGUGGUGCAAAGUUUCUAACACAAGAAACUCUGAAAGCUCACAUUGAUUCAUCCCAUAAUAAACAACGUCUUUAUACUUGCCCUGAAUGCAAUCGCACAUUCAAUAGGCUUUAUCAUCUAAAAAGACAUGUUUUGAUCCAUGCAAAUGGCCAGGAGUUGCUUGAAUCAAUUACACCAGAUACAAAUGAAGUUUGCAAAUAUUGCGGAAAAGUUUUUCCAAAGCGUUACCAGUUAAAAGCUCACAUAGCAGAAGAACAUGAAACAGAACCUAUUUACGAAUGCAGCGUCUGCAAAGCUAAAUUCAAAACAAAUCACAUCUUGAAACAACAUUUUAAGAAGUUCCAUUCUGACGAAAAGAAGAAAUCUUAUAAAUGUGAACACUGUGGUGCCGAAUUUGACCUAAUGUCACAGCUUGUUACACAUAAACAUGAGCAACAUCCAAGGCCAUACAUUUGCAAUGAAUGUGGAGCUCAAUUUAAGCGCAAAUCAAACUUAACGGAACAUAUGAAGAGGCAUCAACAGCCAUUUACUGAAAGAAAAACUUUCAUUUGCCCUGUGGAAGGUUGUGGAAAGGCUUUUACAAGGAAAAGUAACCUACGAACACAUAUGUCUUCUAUACAUGGCGGUGUUCUGCCGCACGCUUGCACUUUAUGCGGAAAAGAUUUCUUAUAUCCAUCCCAGCUGCAGAAACACAUGGAAUCAGCUCAUUCUGAAAACCAUGAAGAAAUACUAGACUUAGGAGAAGAAUUUUUCGAUUCAAUACAGAAGGAUUUGCAAAAUAAAUAA